AUGAGACAAGGGGGUCCACAGAUUCUGGGGCCGGAGACACAGAGAGAGCAGCUGACACCAUCAGCCAAUCACAAAACACAUCAGACCCCAAGAGUGAUGAGUAGGAGAACUUCUCAGUUAUGGGGCUGGGCUCUGAGGGUCAUGUCCUGUCAAGAGGAGGCAAGCCUGAGAGACACGCAACUGCAGUCAAAUAAAGAUGGACAAGAUGGGCGAGCAGGGGAGGAGGGAAGGGGGAAGUGUGGAGACUUGGGCAGCAGGCUACAGGAUUCAGACCGGAGCUCGGAGCUCCCUGCAUCCCAGAGCUACCGCAGUCACGGGAGACGCCCUGGAGACUCCUCCAUCUGCACACUGGGAGAACUCAGAACGGGCGUCAUGAUGUCCAUCCUCUGUGCUCUUCUCAACCUCGGGAAUUCUCUUCCAGGGCUGAGUCUGGGCCAGAGGACCGGGGCGCAGUCAGGGAUCCUCCCUAAACCUACCAUCUGGGCUGAGCCAGGCUCUGUGAUCCCCUGGGAGACGCCUGUGACCCUCUGGUGUCAGGGGGCCCAGAAGGGCCAUCAAUUUCACCUGUAUAGAGAAGGAAAACCUUCACCCUGGGACUGUCAGGUGCCAGUGGAGCCUGGGGACAAGGCCAAGUUUUUCAGGAAAGACAUCUAUGCAGGGAUAUAUCACUGUAGCUAUCUCAGCCCCGCUGGCUCUUCAGAGCUCAGUGACCCCCUGGAGCUGGUGAUGACAGGAUUCUACAGCAAACCCAGCCUCUCAGCCCUGCCAAGCCCUGUUGUGACCUCAGGAGGGAACGUGACCCUCCUGUGUGGCUCAUGGCAGGGAUUUGACCAGUUCAUUCUGACUAAGGAAGGAGAACACGGGCCUCCCUGGACCCUCGACUCACAGCCACACCGCAGAGGGGAUUCCCAGGCCCUGUUCCCAGUGGGCCCCCUGACCCCCAGCCACGGGUGGUCGUUCAGAUGCUAUGGCUCUUACAGGAACACCCCCCAGGUGUGGUCACUCCCCAGUGACCUCCUGGAGCUCCUGGUCUCAGGUGAGAAGCCCCUCACUCCAUCCCUUCUGAGCAGAGUCACUUAGUGCCUGGUCCCCAGGAGAGCUCUGCGCUGGGAUGGGAAUCAGAAGGUUUAGGGAUGGUCACCCAGACAACUGUCCUUCUGUCCCUCAGAGGCCCCCCCACCUCUGCCUACCCCUCCCUUCCUUCCCCUCACCUGGGUUUGAAAGCUGGUAUGUGAGCAACAGGAAGGUCCAGAGGAGGCCACAGGGCAGAUACAGGAGAAGAGUCUGUGUGAGGUGAAGACACCGGGUUCAUCUGCACCCCUCUUCAUAUCCUCAGCCCCAGGACCCUCUGGUGACACCAGCCCCCCACCCACAGGGUCCAUCUCCACAGCUGGUGAGUCAUUGGACCUCUGCUCAGAGGGAACACACACCACCCCAGGGCAGUUCUGAGUCUCUCAGAGGAUC